AAUUAAAACGAGGGACAUUUGUUUGUUUUUAUAUCAAUUAUAUCAAAUAAUAUUAGCUUUUGGAAAAUAAAUAUUGUACGAAUUUAUUAAAAGAAAUAAACGUUAUAAUCCAAUCGAUGAGGUUAAUGGCCAUACAAGAUACGACAUAUAACGUUAUGCCGAUAGUUUCUAUUGGUUGGCUAAAAUCUCUUAUAAAGUCACGUUUACGUGUCAAUUAUUAUCAUACGCUAUUAAGAGGGGGCAAUUAAGGCCACUGGAUAAGAACAUAUAUCUUCUUACUCUCAUCCUGGACACCCCUUGGAUUUUCUAUCAAUUUGUAAUACGAUCGUUCAAUGUAUGUAUAUGCAGUUUUUUAGGUGUGCCAUCGGAAUCGACAGAAACGUUUUAAGAAAUACGUUAAGCUCUGUUAACUUACAUCUAAUCCGUAUUUCAUCGUUUUCUAAGACGACACAAGCUUUUUACGAUCGUGGACCAAGGAACAAGAUUAAAUCAACAACAAUGACAAAAUUAGAAUAUCCAGUUGCUCGUCGCGACGAAUCUAUCGUUGAAAAAUAUCAUGGUGUUGAGAUAUGCGAUCCAUAUAGAUGGUUAGAAGAUCCAAAUUCAGAAGAAACAGAAUCUUUUAUCGAAGCGCAAAAUGCAUUGACCAAACCAUAUUUAGCUUCGUGUAAAUGGCGUCAGGAUAUUCACGAUAGAUUAAAACAAUUAUGGAAUUUUCCUAAAUAUAUGUGUCCUGCCAAACAUGGAAAUAAAUAUUACUUUUAUAAGAAUACCGGUUUGCAAAAUCAAAGCGUAUUAUAUGUACAAGAUACCUUGGAUAGCGAACCUAGAAUAUUUCUUGAUCCAAAUACUCUUUCUGAGGAUGGCACUGUUGCAAUAUCAUCUAGCAAAUUUAGCGAAGAUGGUAGUAUUUUUGCAUAUGGAUUAUCCAGUAGCGGUUCAGAUUGGAAUACAAUACAUUUUAUCAAUGCAGAUACCGGUGAAAAAUAUCCUGAAGUAUUGGAAAGAGUAAAGUUUUCACCUUUGACUUGGACUCAUGAUAAUGUGGGUGUCUUUUAUGGACAAUAUCGUGAUCAAAAAGGAAAAGUUGAUGGAUUAGAAACACAAGAUGAUCAAAAUCAGAAAUUGUGCUAUCAUCGUGUAGGUACACCACAGUCAGAGGAUGUGGUUGUAGUAGAAUUCCCAGAAGAACCAUUGUGGAGGAUAGGAGCACAAGUUUCUGAUUGCGGAAAAUGGUUAAUUGUUACACCAGUAAAGGAUUGUCGUGAUAAUCUAGUGUACUUCACAGAAUUAAAACCUGACUCUAAAAUAGAUGGUUUGUUGCCGCUUACGCAAGUUGUUGAUAAACUCGAAGCCGAUUAUGAAUACGUGACGAAUGUUGGUACCAAAGCUAUAUUUCGUACAAACAAGAAUGCACCAAACUUCAAGUUAAUAGCAAUAGAUUUGGUAGAUUAUAAAGAAGAUAAAUGGACUGAAUUGUUACCUGAACAUCCUGAUAACGUUUUAGACUGGGCUACCGCAGUCGAUGGCGAUAAGUUUGUUGCCUGUUACAUACAAGAUGUUAAAAAUAUUUUGCAAUUGCAUAGUUUAACAACUGGAAAAAUCCUUAGAACGUUUCCAUUAGACGUUGGUACGAUCAUUGGUUUUUCUGGUAAUAAAAAAUAUUCCGAAAUAUUUUAUCAAUUCACAUCCUUUUUAACGCCUGGUGUCAUAUACAUGACUGAUCUUAAAAAUGACGACGAACCAAAAGUAUAUCGCGAAAUUAAAGUGAAAAAUUUCGAUCCGUGUUUGUAUAAAACGUCACAGGUAUUUUAUACCAGUAAAGAUGGUACUCAAAUUCCCAUGUUUAUCGUUAUGAAAAGUGACGCAGUUUUGGACAAUUCUAUGCCAGCUUUACUUUAUGGAUAUGGUGGUUUCAAUGUUAGUGUCCAACCGGUAUUUAGCGUAACAAGGCUUGUCUUUGUCCAACAUUUAAAUGGUGUUCUUGCUAUUCCAAAUAUUCGCGGUGGAGGAGAAUAUGGAGAAAAAUGGCACAACGGUGGUCGACUAUUUAAUAAGCAAAAUGUAUUCGAUGAUUUUCAAUGUGCAGCAGAGUAUCUUAUAGACAAUGGCUAUACUACAUCUAGUAAAUUAACUAUCCAAGGAGGAAGUAAUGGUGGAUUAUUGGUAGCUGCUUGUAUAAAUCAACGACCGAAUUUAUUUGGUGCUGCUAUCGCACAAGUCGGUGUGAUGGAUAUGUUACGCUUUCAUAAGUUUACGAUUGGUUCUGCUUGGGUCUCCGAUUAUGGAAGUUCAGAAGAUCCGAAGCAUUUUGAAAAUUUAAUUAAAUAUUCACCGUUACACAAUAUUAAGAUACCAGAAGAUGGUUCUCAAUAUCCAGCUACGUUGCUUUUAACAGCCGAUCACGAUGAUCGUGUUGUACCGUUACAUAGUCUUAAGCUGAUAGCCACGUUACAAUAUACGCUUGGAAAUCUACCAAAUCAAAGAAAUCCAUUAGUUGCAAGAAUAGACACGAAGGCUGGCCAUGGCGGUGGGAAACCAACCACUAAAGUUAUCGAGGAGAACACAGACAUAUUAUCGUUCAUCGUCCAAGCUUUGAAUUUAACAUUCAAGCUAUAACGUAUGUAAAUGUUAUUAUAUACUACUGUUUGUACAUCUUCUAAAAUUAUUACGGGGGGUGGUUUCAGGUAUUAUUAUUUGUGAUAUAUAAUAAUAUAUUCGUCGUCGGAAAAAACAUUUUAUUUGCGUAAAUUUUUAUGAAAGAUAAAUGCAUACGCGUGGUCGUCUUACAUACUUUUUCUUCUUUUUCUAUUUUUCUAUUUUUGUUUCUUUUCUUUCUUCUUUUUUUUUUUCCAUCGUUUUAUUUUCUUUUCUGUUUUAAUAAAUUAUUAUAAAAGAAAUUAUAUCUCACGCACACGCACUUAUAUCGUAUAGUCGAAAUUCGAAGAAAAAUAAUCACCAUAUAUACAUAAGUAUAUAUAUAUAUAUAUUCUUAUGUAUAUAUGUAUAAUGAAAUGUUUCUUCGUCGUGUCGACUUCGUUACGACUAAGUCAUAAUUAAUGCAUACAAUGCAGUCUAUGAAUAAUAAUAAUAAUACUACAACUUGUUGCCCGUUUUUAUUUUAGGAAUGUAUUGUUCGCGUUUUAAUCAUCGUCGUGUAACGUGUCAUUUUUAAUAUAUAUAUAUAUAUAUUUACAUUUAUAUAUAUAUCUACAUAUGUAUCGUAUAUAUAUAUAUAUAUAUAUAUAUAUAUAUACAUUUAUAUUUAUAUAUAUAUAUAUACGCAUACAUGUGUACAUAUUAUAGAUAUGUAAUAUAUAUAUAUACACAUAAUAUAUAAAAAGAAAAGAAGAAGAAAACGAAAAAGACAAAUAACUUACAAUGGCACAUCUUGAUCGAUCGCCUCGAAUAAUUAUUAAAAAUGUUUGCAUCGACGAUUCUCUUCGAUGAUGUCCAAAACAAUUGCUUCAUGUUUUAAUGGGAAAGUAAAUCCAUACCAAUGGUAAAUAGAGCAGUGUAAUAUUGGCAAAAUAGUUUGCUGAUAUAUUGUUCCUCUUUUACUGGCCAAAAACCUUCGAGAAAUCCAAUAUGACCACCGCGCGAAGUUACCACGAUGGCGACAUUUUCAGUUUUGCUAAAUUCGUUUAGUGGUAUUGCUACAAAUUAAAAUAAUUUAAUCGUUAUUUUUUGAAAAUCAUUUUGUUAAUUACUUAAACGAAUAGUUAUGUGUUUCUUUUUUUAUUUUUUUUUUCCUUAUUUGUAUUCUUUUCUUUAUUUUUUUUUUUUUCUUAUUUUCUUUUUUAUUUUUUUAUUUUUUUUUUUAUUUUUUGUUUUGUUUUUAACAAUGUCAUUGUUUUCACUUACCUUCAAAAGGUUGAAAAGGAUCGUCUGCCGCAUUAAGGCACAAAACCGGUACCUCCAUUAAAUGCAAUUUAUCAUGUAACGUUGCUUUCUGAUAAUACUCUUCGACAUCUUUGAAACCGAAUUGCUUGGUCGUAAAAUUCGAGUCGAAUUCUCUUACGGUUUGACUCUGAAAUUAGUUAAUAUAUUGUAAAUACGAAAAUGCAAAUAAGAUAAUGCACGAGGGUCAUUUAUUUUUUUUUUCUUUUCUUUUCUUCUUUGUUUUUCGUUCUUUCUUUUCCUAUUUUAAACUCUUAAUAUUAUGUUUGCAAUCGCGUUUGUUAUCAUCAUCAUCAUCAUCCAUCAUCAUCCAUCAUCAUCAUCAUCAUCAUCAUCAUCAUCAUCAAUCAUCAUCAUCAAUCAUCAUCAUUAUUAUUAUAAUAUUAUUAUUAUUAUAUACUUACACGUAAGACGUCAUUCAUAUCUACGUUUUCUAAGCCGGUCUCCAAAGAGGAGUAAUAUUUUUUAACCGUACGACACAGAUUACUGGCUAGAUGUUUAUUCAGCAUCAAAUUUAUAUAAUUAUCUUCGAUGCUUUUUGUUGCGGCAAAUACGUUCCAAGGCACUGAGAUGAUAAAGCAUCCCUUUAAUUUAUCUUUAGCAGCUUCACCGUUUUGUGCUAAAUAAUUACCUAAUAUCAAUCUGAAAUAUAAUUCAAUAUGUUAGGUAUGUAUGUAUGUAUGUAUAUAUGUAAGUAUGUGUAUAUAUAUAUAUAUAUAUAUAUAUAUAUAUAUACACAUAUACACCUACAUGUACGAGAAUAAUCAUGCAAAUUCCUAUUAAUGAAGAUAAAAUAAAAUUAAUUGUCAGGUGAAUUUUUUAAUUGGUACAAGAAAAGAAAAGAAAAGAAAAGAAAAAAAAAAAAACAGAUAAAUAUCCUUACCCUCCCAUUGAAAUACCAGUCGCACCGAGGGGAACAUUAGGAUGUAAUUUUUUUAAAUGUUCGAUAAUCUCUGCCAGAUCGUCGCAAUUAGCUGCGCAAUAUGUCCGUGGUGUCUAUUGUUGUUAGUAGUAAAUAGAUAGAAGAAUAGAAACAAAAAAAGAAAAAGAAAUGAUAAUGAACAUGUAAAUUUUUUGUCAAUGAUUUUCGCAUAUAUAUAUAUAUACAUAUAUACAUAUAUAAGUAAAUAAAUAAGUAAAUAAAUAAGUAAAUAAAUAAGUUUAUCAUUUAUAUUAUGACAUAAGUACAUAUGUACCCGCGUACAUUAUCAUUUAAUCGUUCUUUCAAAUGACAUAUGAAAUCACUUUGAAUGUUAGUAGUAGUAACUCGUGUCGAUACUAGAGAGCCUUAAACGAGAAUAACGGGUCGACGACAAAUUACAAGAUAGUGUCACGCGAUGGUAACUGCUCAAUAGAGAACGAUUUCGUAACAGGGAGUUAACGUUAAUGAAAUUGUAUUAAAUAGAACUGCCGGGGUACACGGUGUACGUGUAUUGUGUCUGUGUGUGUGUGUGUGUGUGCGCGCGUAGCAUUAAUGUGCUACGUAUGUAUGUAUGCAUGUAUGAAUGUAUGUACGUAUAUAUGUAAAUGUGUGUACGUAUAUAUCGUACCGGUUGGAUUUUAUUAUUGAUAACUAUAUCACGAAUUGUCAUUAUUGAUCAUUGUAAUCUUAAUAAAUCACAAACAAAAGAGAGUA